AUGAAGGUCGAGGCUCGAGAAGAGGACAAUGGUAUGAAUGCUACGAUGGCAUCUAUGUCUCCUGGGAAGACGGCAUUGGCAGAAAUGAAUGCAGCAUUUGCUAGUUGUUUGUCUCUUGUAUGCCCUCCAAUUCAGUACCCUCCACACUGCCGCUUUAACCCUGUACGAGACGCUGCCGACACGGCAGAGAUUGAGGCGAGAUUGGAAGAAUUUUUCCUGCAUGCGAAGCAGCUGGAGCAGCUUUUUCUGAACGAAACAGUGAGCUUUUCUUCUUCUAUGACUGUAGACGAGUCUAUGGAUGAUACAGAGGUGGAUACAGAGCGCUCUGAAGCGGUAGGAGGACGACAGCAACAGAGUGAGCUCGAGCUCGAGAUUUUGAACCUCGAGGCCGAGCUGGCAGAGAAAAACGACCUGAUUGAGAAGUAUACGGACGUGAGAGAGCAGAUUGCUGACGUACUGUAG